UGCAUGAUACGAAAAUUUGAUUCUUGAAUUUUGUUUUUUUUGUAUGGAAGGACAACAUAGUAGCCGCCCAUCAGGCGAUAAGAAGAAAGACAUGGCAAAAUCGAAGAGGAAAGAGCUGGGACUCUCUUGCAUGUUGAACACCGAGGUGGGGGCUGUCCUUGCCGUGAUACGGCGGCCGAUGGAUCCCACGGGUCAAUUCAUUUCACCCCAAGAAGACUAUUUCGACUCUUCACUCCAACAAUCCCUGAAAUCUUUAAGGGGUUUCAUCUUCAACCCCCAUCAAGAAUGGCGCACCGUCGAUCCCUGCAUUUAUCUCUCCCCUUUCCUCGACGUUAUUCAAAGCGAUGGCAUUCCGGCAGCUGCCACGGGUGUCGCUCUUCAGGCUGUUUUGAAGGUUCUUAAACUUGAAAUCUUCGACGAGAAAACCCCAGGGGCCAAAGAUGCUAUAAACAUCGUCGUCACGGGGAUCACCAGCUGCCGCCUUGAACAAACGGACCCUGUUUCGGAGGACGCUGUGAUGAUGAAGAUUUUACAGGUUUUAACCGCGACGAUGCGACACAGAGCUUCGGUUCUGCUCACGGACCAGGCCGUUUGCACAAUCGUCAACACUUGUUUCCAGGUGGUUCAACAAUCUGUAGCCAGAGGAGAUUUGCUUCAACGCACGGCGAGGUAUACGAUGCAUGAGUUGAUUCAGAUCAUCUAUUCUCGAUUGCCCAACGUCGAUGUUACCGAAGGGGAGAGUUCAGAAUCCGAUACCGAUGAUGUCGACGAGAAUUCGGGAUAUGGAAUACGUUGCGCCGUUGAUAUCUUUCAGUUCUUAUGUUCAUUGUUGAAUGUGGUCGAAGUUGUGGAGAGUUCCGAAGGAGCGGCUUGCCAUACAGCCGAUGAAGACGUACAACUUUUUGCAUUGGUUCUGAUUAAUUGUGCUAUAGAAUUGAGCGGUGACGAAAUCGGAAGGCACCCAAAGCUUCUGAGGAUGGUCCAGGAUGAUUUAUUUCACCAUUUGAUCCAUUACGGAACUUGUUCAAGCCCACUCGUUCUUUCCAUGAUUUGCAGUACCGUCUUGAAUAUCUAUCACUUUCUUCGCAGGUUCAUACGCCUUCAACUAGAGGCAUUCUUCUCGUUCGUGUUGUUGAGAAUUGCAGUUCCAGGAGGAUCUUUGCAACUCCAGGAGGUGGCAUUGGAAGCAAUUGUAAAUUUUUUCAGGCAACCGACGUUUGUAAUCGAAGCUUACGUAAACUACGACUGCGACCCCAUUUGUCGGAACAUCUUCGAGGACGUCGGGAAAUUGCUUUGCAAGCAGGCGUUUCCGGGGAGUGGUCCGACGACGACGUUGCAAGUUCAAGCUUUCGAAGGACUGAUUAUAAUGAUUCAAACCACUUCUACAAACAUUGACAAAGACGAUGAUUUAACCCCUUCAGAUCCAUACCCAGUUGAAAUUACGGAAUAUAGACCCUUCUGGGUGGAACAACCAAAAGAUGAUUUGGAAACUUGGGUGGAGUAUAUACGAAUAAGGAAAGCCCAAAAGAGGAAGAUUUUGAUCGCCGGUAGCCAUUUUAAUCGAGAUGAGAAGAAAGGAUUGGAGUAUUUGAAACAUUGUAAAUUGAUCAGUGAUCCCCCGAAUCCCAAAGCUUAUGCUUGCUUCUUCCGCUACACUCCUCUACUGGACAAAAGCAUGAUCGGAGAUUAUCUUGGGGAUCCAGACGAAUUUAACCUUCAAGUUCUUAAGGAAUUCACAGUAACUUUUGAAUUCAAUUGCAUGAUUCUUGAUUCUGCUCUUAGAACUUAUCUUGAAACUUUCAGGCUGCCAGGAGAAUCCCAGAAGAUUCAACGUAUCCUCGAAGCUUUCUCCGAGAGAUUUUUCGAUCAACAAUCAUCCGAGAUUUUUGUGGCUAAGGAUUCGGUGUUCAUACUUUGUUAUUCUCUCAUUAUGUUGAAUACGGAUCAACAUAACCCGCAAGUGAAGAAGAAGAUGACUGAGGAAGAGUUUAUAAGGAACAAUAGAGCAAUCAAUGGAGGCCAAGAUCUCCCUAGAGAGUACCUCUCCGAGCUUUUUCACUCUAUUUCCAACAAUGCAAUCACGCUUUUUGGUCAGGCUGGUCCCGUCGAGAUGAACCCUAGCAGAUGGAUUGAGUUGAUGAACCGAACCAAACUAACGCAAACCUAUAUCCUUUGCGAUUUCGAUCGUCGGCUGGGAAGAGAUAUGUUCGCUAGCGUUGCUGGACCGACGAUUGCGGCCCUUUCGGCAUUCUUCGAACAUGCUGACGAAGAUGAAAUGCUCCAUGAAUGCAUCGAAGGUCUCAUCUCUUUGGCUAGGAUAGCUCAGUACGGAUUGGCCGACACGCUCGAUGAGCUCGUCGCCUUGUUCUGCAAAUUCACGACGCUCAUGAACCCUUAUGCAUCUGCAGAGGAGACCUUGUUUGCAUUCAGUAACGAUAUGAAACCAAGAAUGGCUACACUUGCAGUGUUCACCAUAGCAAACCACUUCGGAAAGUCGCUUAAAGGCGGCUGGAGGAACAUCGUGGACUGCUUGUUGAAACUCAAAAGGCUUAGGCUACUUCCUCAAUCGGUCAUCGAAUUCGACAUCACUUCCUCUUCGUCGUCGGACGCCCUCGACGGUUCGAAAUCGGAGUCCGGUGUAAUAUUCCCCAGUCAUGAUCCUAAAUUCGCCAAACGCGAAACAACAUCAGGUGUUGUCACUCGUUUCUCUCAUUUCCUAUCACUAGAUAGCAUGGAAGAGUCUAUAUCUCUGGGAAUGAGCGAGUUCGAACAGAAUCUUAAGAUUAUAAAGCAAUGUCAAAUCGGGAGUAUAUUCGGCAAAAGUUCCCACUUACCCCCUGAGGCAUUGUUGAAUCUUGGGCGUUCUCUGAUAUUUGCAGCAGCUGGUAAAGGCCAAAAGUUCAGUACACCGAUUGAAGAAGAAGAAACAGUCGGAUUCUGUUGGGAUUUGAUCAUUGCCAUUUCUUUAGCCAACAUUAACAGGCUCCCAGCGUUUUGGGCUUCUUACCAUGAUUAUUUGCUUGCUGUUGCUCAAUUCCCUCUAUUUUCACCAAUCCCAUUUGCAGAGAAAGCCAUUAAGGGACUUUUCAAAGUCUGCCUCAAGCUCCUAGCCUCGUACCAAGCAGAUAAAACACCGGAGGAACUCAUUUUCAAGUCUAUAAAUUUGAUGUGGAAGUUAGAUAAAGAGAUUCUCGACACAUGUUGCGAGUUCAUAAUACAGUCGGUUAGCAAGAUUAUCAUAGAAUAUCCAGCAAAUUUGCAGACUCAACUGGGAUGGAAAUCGGUUCUUCACUUGCUGUCAGUCACCGGUCGACAACCUGAAACCUAUGACCAAGCAGUGGAAGCUUUGAUCAUGUUGAUGUCCGAUGCCUUCCAUAUCUCAAAGAUCAAUUACGCUUACUGUAUCGAUUGUGCAUUUGGUUUCGUAGCCCUCAAAAACAGCCCCCUCGACAAGAACUUGAAGAUCCUCGAUCUAAUGGCGGAAUCGGUGAAAUUGUUGAUCCAUUGGUACACAACAGCAUCAUCAUGGGAUCAACCGAGUAAUUACAGUAUUUCAAGCACUUCGUCAAGUGACGAAAACUCGAAAAGCAUAGAAUCCGUUAACUUCAUAAUGAAUCUCUUCGUCAAGCUAGGCGAAGCCCUGAGGAAAACCAGCUUAGCACGCCGAGAAGAGAUAAGGAACCACGCAAUAUUAUCUCUUGGUAGAGGCUUUAAACUAGCGGAAGAUCUCGAACUAUCUUCAACAAGGUGUAUAAACUGCUUUAAUCUCGUGAUUUUCGCGAUGGUGGACGAUCAACACGUGAAGAUGAUCGAAUACUCUCGACGUGAAAACGCGGAGAGGGAGACGAGGAGCAUGGAAGGGACUCUGAAGCUUUCGAUGGAGCUUUUGACGGAUGUUUAUUUACAGUAUUUGCAUCAGAUUGUUGGGAAUCCAGGGUUUAGGACGUUCUGGUUGGGGGUCUUGAGGAGGAUGGAUACGUGCAUGAAAGCUGAUUUGGGGGAAUACGGGGAGACCAGAUUGAAGGAAGUGGUGCCCGAGUUGCUGAGAAAGAUGAUAACCAAGAUGCAAGAGACCGGGAUUUUAGUGCGCAAGCAAGAUGACGAUCUAUGGGAUAUUACCUACAUUCAGAUACAGUGGAUUGCUCCUGCACUCAAAGAUGAGCUUUUUCCUGAUGAAACCUGAACAAA